AGCUCAUUGGUGCAGUAAGGAGGCGGAAAGGUCUUCCAGUGGAAGAAAAAAUAGAUCAACAUGGCACCAAACGGAGAGCUACAGCUGUAAGCUGUUAUGUUUUAUCAGAAGAUAGAAAAUAAAAAGAGGUGACUAGACAGCAGACUGAAACAAUAGAGAUCUUGACUAGCUAAGAUGGCGAGUACUGGAUCUACGAGCAAAGAGACCGUUGCAGUUCAAAUUGAACCCAAGACAGGGAUCUCCUUUCCUGUCACUCUUGAUGAUGGAAUGGAAUUGGUUGCAGUUGGUUUGAGAAAGAAGUCCAUUCUUGGUCUUGGCGGUAUCAAGGUCUAUGGCUUUGGAAUAUUUGCAGAUAAUGAGAAGCUAAAAGAGGUUUUGAGGUUGAAGAUGGGAAGCAAAGCACCAUCAAAACCAACAAAAGAGAUGUAUGAAGCAGUGUUAGAAAGUGAUGUAGGCAUGAUGGUCAGGUUGGUAUUCGUCUUUUCAGGCGUCAGCAUGGGGAUGAUUAAAAAGAAUUUUGAUCAUAUACUCGGUGUCUCCGUCAGGAAACUUAACGGUGGUCAAAGCGACCAAAAGCUCACAGCAAAGGUAUUUGCCGAUGCAUCUGAUAACAUCAAGCUAACAUCUGGUUCAAUAAUAGAGAUCACAAGGCUUCCUGGAUACAUUCUUCAAACAAAGGUGAAGGAUGAGGUAGUGAGCAAGGUUGAGAGUGAGCUUCUCUGCAAGGGCUACUUUCAUAUGUACCUAGGAGACGAAGCAUUCGACGUGGAUGCCAAAGAAAGAUUUGGACAGUCACUACUAUCCCUAUUCUGAUGAACUCUUCCAUCCAUUAUGUAACUUCAUUUGUUUCGUCCACUGCAUUUGUAAAAGUUUGUGUUCAAUAAAACUUUACCGGGUAGGACUUUCAUUGA